AUGAAGAUGGAAUCAGUCAAACUAAUAGUGCUUCUGAGCGGAUAUGUAUUCACGCAUUCACACACGGACGAGCAAGUAGUAGUACAACACGACCAACCGUUGGCACAGGUGGACCGUCCGAAGUCGAGGGGCCAAUUACCGACCCGGGUAGCGAGCACGACCCGCACGGCCGAUGGUCGGCUAGUGGUACUGGGGGAGGAGCCUGCUCCUCCUGCGCGUCAGCCGGUCCCCUCAGGCUCCUUCACGACCGUCCGCGACCUCAACAAAGCGCUCGGCCAUGUCUCCCGACUGGCCAAUAGGUGUCCGCCCCCCACCUCCGCUUGCCCUAUCUUCUCCAGCUCUCUGGCCAAGAAGCUACUCGCUAGGACGACACAUUCCCUUCACAACCUCUCAAUCGGCUUGCCUUGGGAAUGCGUCAACCUUCAAGAAGAAUUGACUGCUUGUGGCACUUGCACUAAUAACUGUAUGAAAAUCAAGCAUGCCAAGGAAGUUGGAUGUGAGCAGGGACGCUGCAAGAUAUGUGAGUCGUGUCUCAAGCAGACCAUCAUUUACGUGUCGGGCGGGAUACAGCUUAGUCAAACGAAGCUCGAAAGGCGGACAUACUACAUAUUAAUCCUAUCGAACGAUGCGUCGUGCUCAAACAAGGGCGGGCGUGAUAUGGAGGCCCGGCUCGAUAUGUAGCCUCUUUAUCAUCCGAUCUCGCCACCUUUCUUUCUCUCUGGCUCUCUCCCUCUUUCUCUUCUU